GACCGCGGCGAGGACAGCUACGAGCAGGUCUACAACAAUGACAACUUCGAGGAGAACAAGUCCAGCUUCAGCCAUGAGCUUGUAGCCGGAGGUGCUGCUUUCGCUGGCUUCAAGGCGUUCGAGGACCACCAGCGCAACGAGGGCAAGCCUGUCUCGCACGCUUUCGCAAAGGAGCUCGUUGCUGGCUUCGCUGCCGCUGAGGUCGACAAGCUCGCAGAGACCAAGGGCGAGGACUGGUUCGACAAGGAGAAGGCCAAGCGCCAGGCUAAGGAGCACGCGGAGCGCAUGUACGACGAGCAGUACAUCGACAACCACGGUGCUGACCAGUACGACCCCAACCAGUACGGCCGCCCUGAGCGAUUUGAGCGCCGUGGCUGGUAA